AUGCCCUCACGAGCAUUGAUUGCUGUUGAAGUAUCUAAUAGUAGUUUUGACAUUAAUACGGCUCUACACUUGCUACCCGAUGCAAUUCGUCAUCAACUACUGCAGAGAAAGGUUCGCCUAGAAAUAGAUCUUGCAAGUCAAUUGUUACGCUAUUACGGUUGUUCUAGAUUGCUAGGUAUACAAUGGGAGAAUUUAGAGUUUACAGCGUCCAGGUUGGGCAAACCAGCACUGCUUGGUGAAUCAACCUUGUCAUUCAAUAUAAGCAAAGGGAAUAGUAGUGUAGUCAUGUAUAUAUUGCAAGAUGAAGAACUACAAAAUGUUGGUGUUGAUGUUGCCUCCACUAGCGUAGUUUCGGACUGGUCGAAUGAUUAUUUGGAUCUGUUUAGCAAUAUAUUCUCUAGUGAAGAAUAUACGUGCUUAAGAGAAACCAAUUAUCGCACGCAACGGGAUGUCUUAUUUACGCGGUAUUGGUCGCUAAAGGAAGCAUAUGCUAAAUAUACCGGUAAUGGCUUGAAUUCUGAACUGAAUAGCAUCAGCUUUGGCAGAUUAAAAGGUUUUGGAAGAAAAGAACACCAUGUAUUUUGCAUAGUGCUGAACAAUGAAUUGCUACGCUUCCAUAGUUUCUGGUUGGACGAUGAUAGUAUAGUUAGUACAUGUGAAGGCCCAUUAAUAGAGAUUGACGAUACGAUUCGAAUAGAUAUAGAAAGAAUAAGCAUGACAUCUUUAAUUGAUACACUAAUAACGAGUAAGGAAUCAUCUAAGCCGGAUCGAUAA